UUUGUGUCCCCGCCCUCCCCCGGGGACCGCAGCAGGCUGAGCGGCACUGCUGGUGUCACAGCCGGGCGAGCGCUGGCAGUUCCGCGGCGGGGAUGCUGAAGAGGGCUGGGGUGGCGAGCAGCCGUGGCCACUGCGGACUUCCGAGGCACUCCGGGCCGUGAAAACCCCUGGGCCGCGGCCAAUCCCGGGCUCCUCAGUCCAUUCACCGUUCCAGAAGCCGGCCGAGGGGAGAGUCCAGCGGAGGAGCAGCUGUUCGCGGGUUCUGGGCUUUCGAAGCGUUCUGGAACCCCGAGAGACACCCUGGGGCUCUAGAACCUCCCCAGCGGCCCCCAAUCCCGGCUUCCUGUGUGCGUCCGUCCCAAACCCCCUGGGGUGCACGGGUCGCCGGCGAGCCGUGGCCGGAUCCUGGCACACACCAUGAUCGUUGCAGACUCCGAGUGCCGCGCAGAGCUUAAGGGCUACCUGCCGUUCGCCCCGGGCGGUGGCGGCGGCGGCCCCGGGGCCGGAGAGGAGCAGAGGGAAAGCCGGGCUCGGCGAGGCCCUCGAGGGCCCAGUGCCUUCAUCCCGGUAGAGGAGGUCCUUCAGGAGGGCGCAGAGAGCCUGGAGCAGCACCUGCGGCUGGAGGCACUGAUGUCCUCGGGCCGGGUGGACAACCUGGCGGUGGUGAUGGGCCUCCACCCUGACUACCUUAGCUGCUUUUGGCGCCUGCACUACUUCCUGCUGCACACGGACGGGCCCCUGGCUAGCUCCUGGCGCCACUACAUUGCCAUCAUGGCUGCCGCCCGCCACCAGUGUUCCUACCUGGUGGGUUCCCACAUGGCUGAGUUUCUGCAGACUGGCGGUGACCCAGAGUGGCUGCUUGGUCUCCAUCGGGCCCCGGAGAAGCUCCGCAAGCUCAGUGAGAUCAACAAGUUGCUGGCACACCGGCCGUGGCUCAUCACCAAGGAGCACAUCCAGGCCUUGCUGAAGACGGGCGAGCACAGCUGGUCUCUGGCGGAGCUCAUCCAGGCCCUGGUCCUGCUCACCCACUGCCACUCACUGGCCUCCUUCGUGUUUGGCUGUGGCAUCCUCCCUGAGGGGGACUCAGAGGGCAGCCCUGCCCCCCAGGCCCCUUCACCCCCCAGUGAGCAGAGCAGCCCACCCAGCAGGGACCCAAUGAACAACUCUGGGGGCUUUGAGGCUGCCCGGGACGUGGAAGCUUUGAUGGAACGCAUGAGGCAGCUGCAGGAGAGCCUGUUAUGGGAUGAGGGAGCGUCCCAGGAGGAGAUGGAGAGCCGCUUUGAGCUGGAGAAGUCAGAGAGCCUUCUGGUGACUCCCUCAGCUGACAUCCUGGAGCCCUCUCCACACCCAGACAUGCUAUGCUUUGUGGAGGACCCCACUUUUGGAUAUGAGGACUUCACCCGGCGAGGGGCUGAAGCGCCCCCCACCUUCCGUGCCCAGGAUUAUACCUGGGAAGACCAUGGCUAUUCACUGAUCCAGCGGCUUUACCCUGAGGGUGGGCAGCUGCUGGAUGAAAAGUUCCAGGCAGCUUAUAGCCUUACCUACAACACCAUCGCCAUGCACAGUGGAGUAGACACCUCCAUGCUCCGCAGGGCCAUCUGGAAUUACAUCCACUGUGUCUUUGGUAUCAGAUAUGAUGACUAUGACUACGGGGAGGUGAACCAGCUCCUGGAACGGAACCUCAAGGUCUAUAUCAAGACGGUGGCCUGCUAUCCUGAGAAGACCACGCGAAGAAUGUACAACCUCUUCUGGAGGCACUUCCGCCACUCAGAGAAGGUCCAUGUGAACUUGCUGCUCCUGGAGGCCCGCAUGCAGGCCGCCCUGCUCUAUGCCCUCCGUGCCAUCACCCGCCACAUGACCUGACUGCGAGCAGGAUCUGGGCCCGGAGCAGCUGCCCAUGGGGGCAUUCUCCUCCCUGCAAGGACUUCUCUGUCUGGAGACAGACCCCGAUUCCUUUCUGUCCCAGGCCCUCCCAGCCCACUCCGGAAGGUGGGCUUGUGUGUGACGUGCAGCCCCUGAGCCGUACCCUCCUUUUCUCUCACUGGAAUGGACAGGAUCAUUGCACUGACUCUGGGAUCUCAGUUCUGCCCUGGGAGCUGGAAGACGACUAGCAGAUCCCCAGGGACCGUGCCCUCCUUCCUGCCCCUGACCCCAGAGGCAGAGGGCACAGGAAGGGAAACGAGCUGAGCUCAGAUUCAUGUGCCAGCAGGCUGGGCCGCAGGCAUCACCAGUACUGGGCCUUCCUGGACUGGGAAGUCCCUGGCUGGCCCCAAGGGAGAGGGGCAGGGGCCUCCAGGGACUGACACUCCAAGCAGCUUUGCCUUUCCUCCUCCUCCCUCGCUCCCAGAUCUCAUUACCUUCCCCCUCGUUACCUUCACCCAUCAGUGUGAAAGUCAGUGUCACAGCUGGUCUGUGUGUUCUGCUCCCCAGAAGCCUGUUCUGUCAGGCAGCCUGAAGGCCCCUUUGCCCUGGUUGCCCUAAUCCUGGUUUAGCUCCUUUGACCUCCCCUUCACCCUCUUCCGCAUUUCUCCCCUGCCUGGUGGUGGGAGGCCCCAGAAGAGACACCAAGCACAU